CGCUGGAGAAGCUGGGUUUCCGGGGCGUGUUCGGCGGCGGCCUGGGCGGGGCGCUGGGCGGCCUGGGAGCCAGCCUGGGCGCCGCGCUGUCCAUGAGCACCGGCGACCGAGGCAACGUGCGGCUGGGGCGCGAGAAGGAGGGCGGCCUGGAGCUCGUGAAGCCGUCGCUCGUGCUCGACAUCGCCUCGCUCAUCCUGUACGGGUGCCAGGCGCUGCCCAUCCGCCUCAAGAUCCUGCUCGACCGCCUCUUCUCCGUCCUCACGCACGAGGACGUCCUCCAGGUCCUGCACGGCUUCGGCUGGACCUACGAGGACUACGCCAGGGGCUACAAACUACAGGACCGCCAGGGCAACGUGCUGCACAGCUGGCACAUGAUGAGCACCGACGAGGAGACGCUGGUGCUGCGUCAGUUCCUGCGCUUCGGCGAGACGCGCGCCAUCGCCCAGCAGCUCCUCCAGCACGAGGGGGCGUCGCCGCGCCCCGACCACACGCCCUCCAUCAGGGACUCGCACAGGGACACGCUCAGAGACUCUCACAGGGACUCCAUGAGGGACUCCCACAGGGACAGCCUGCGAGACUCUCACCGGGACGUCCUGAGGGACACACACACUCUCAGAGACUCCCACAGGGACGCCUUCCGCGACUCCCACAGAGAAAUGCACCGCGACGCCCUUCAGCGCGACGGCCACCGGGACGCGAGGGACAUGCGCGACAGGGACCUCCUGAGGGACUUCCGGGAGGACAUCCGGCGGGAGGAGAUGGGCAAGAGCAUCGACUCCGACCUGAAGAAGUUCCUGGAGCGGACCAACAUGCUGUUCAACCCGUUCAUGCGCGGCGACCCGAGCUCCCUCCUGCGGCCCCCUCCGCCGACGGGCCCCGCAGGCCUCCCGCCCGCGCCGCCGCCCCUGUCGGCCGCGUCGCUGGCGUCCAACCUCCUGGCGGCCGCCAACCCCUCCCUGGCCACCUCGCUGCUGGCCAACCCGCAGCUGGCGUCGUCGGCGCUGUCCAUGCUGCGCCUCCCGGUCCCGCCCGUCUCGCUCCCCAACCUCUCCCCCAACAACGGAUCUCUCCCCAACAGCUUCGGCUCCCCCACUAGUCCCAUGGACGGCUCCCCCCUCAACCGCCUGCAGAGCAUGCAGCCCUUCGACUUCCUACCCAUGCCCCCGAGGCCGCACUCCCCCGGGGGCGGACCCAGCACGCCGGGGAAGAGGUCGUGGAACCCCAUCAACCUCGGGACGUCGCUGAUCAACCCCGUGACGGGCAAGAAGCGCGUGCAGUGCAACGUCUGCCUCAAGACCUUCUGCGACAAGGGCGCCCUCAAGAUCCACUUCUCCGCCGUGCACCUGCGGGAGAUGCACAAGUGCACCGUCGAGGGCUGCAACAUGAUGUUCAGCUCGCGGCGCUCGAGGAACCGCCACUCGGCCAACCCGAACCCCAAGCUGCACACGCCGCACGUGCGCCGCAAGAUCUCCCCGCACGACGGCCGCACGUCCAGCGGCCACCCAGUCAUGAUGGCCCACGGGUUCCAGCCGCAGCAGUUCCAGCCGCCCGCUGGCUUCCCUCCGCUGAGCUCCUUCCCCGGGCAGUUCAGCGGCAUCAACCCGCUCACCGGCCUGCCCUUCAUCCCCCCCUCGGCGGCGGCCACGGAGGACCUCCACAAGCAGGCCCUGGAGCUGCAGCGCCGCACGCUGGAGAUGCAGCACGCCAUGGGCAAGUCCUCCCUGGACCUGAGCAUGCGCGGCAGGGAGGACGGCAUGUGGCGGAGCGACUACGGCGGCUUCCACGGGUCCUCCGGCCACAGCGAGGACGGCCCGAUGGACAGCAGUCUGGACGGCAAGAGGAAGCCCACAGCAUGAAGGGCGAGAACCCGUCGGCGUCGCCCUCCAACAACAAGCGGAAGCGCAAGAGCCAAAACCCGACCAAGUUCGCCUUCCGAUUGGAGGACGACGACCUCAUAUCCACGGGCGCUGAAGGAGGGCUCCUCCGCGCACUCCGGCGACAAGGCAAGGAGCGACAAGGACUCGGACGGCAGCAACCGCAAGGUCUCCUCCAGCAGCUACGACGAGGCCGUGGACACGUCGAACGCCCUGCGGCACCUGGAGGACCUGUCCAAGGGUCACUUCGCGCACCUCACUGGCACGAUGCCCCCAAACGCAUCGGCGUCACUUGGCCUCCCGAUGGCGCCCGCGGGCAACGGCGUCACCUCCUCGAGUCCCAGACCAAGUGACCGUGACAGCGAUAGGGACUCCAACCCCGGCUCGCCCUCGGAGGACUCGGACGGCGCCUUCCACUUCGGCGAGGGCGGCUUCCUCAGCAGCCUCGACAUCCCCAUGGACAAGGAGAACCCGCGGCGCUGCAUAGCAUGCGGGAAGAUUUUCCAGAACCACUUCGGCGUCAAGACGCACUACCAGAACGUGCACCUGAAGCUCAUGCACAAGUGCACGGUGGAGGGCUGCAACGCCGCCUUCCCCUCCAAGCGUAGCCGCGACCGCCAUUCCUCCAACCUCAACCUGCACAGGAAGCUGCUCUCCACCUCGUCCGACGCGCCCGGCUUCCCCGGCAUGGGCUUCCCCGGCCUGCCCUUCAACCCCGCCCUCAACCCCGAGCUGCUGGCGCGCCUCUACUCCGACCCGGCCGGCCUCCCCCUCGGCCUGGACGCGCUCAAGGCCCACAUCCCCACCUCCCUCGCCGAGUCCCUGUUCAACGGCCUGCCCCCGGCCACCCACCCUCCCCCCCACUUCUUCCUUCCGAACCUCCUCCCUCACUUCGCCGCCAACAACAACCUCCCCGGGACCGAACGGAAAGACCGCUCCAGCACCCCGUCACCUCAGUGAGGCCCUCGAGCAGGACUGGGUGUACAACCUGGAGGACGACCUCCCGUCCCCCGACCGCGACGGGAACAUGCCCUGCAGGUUCUGUCACAAGGUCUUCGAGGACGGCGUGGGCCUCAAGAGUCACUACGAGGAAGUGCACGCCUCGGAGCUGUUCCGCUGCACGGUGGAAGGCUGCAACAAACUUUUCAGCGCUCGCCGGAAGCGCAACGCCCAUUCCCUCAACGAAGCCUAUCACAAGGACCUGUUAGAGGGGGCGCCGACGAAGGACACGUGAUGACGACGCCCUUCCCAGUCGGGGUGACGGGCUCCCGAGGAGCUCGUCCUCCUCUGUAUAAAUGUAUAAAUGUGCCAAUGUUUCACGUCUUAUUUAUACGUAGUGGUGUUAGAGUGCCCAGUGUCGCCCGCGUGUACAUAGUAGUGGCUCCAGCUGCCAGGACUUCGGCUGCCUCAGUGUAGAGUAGUGGCUCAACCCUGGCUUGUGUAGUGCGCCGCGGAGAGGCCGGGAGGGACGGCGAGUGCCCGGGGGCGCGAACCAUGCUCGGGAGCGACCUUCAAGUGUGUCCCAGUGCCGGGAGUGCCACUGACUCUUUAGUGAACAGAAGCGUUAACGGCUCCUCCCCCCCCUUGGGCACGACUAUUCCUUGGCAGUGAUACCAGUGACGCGUUUGCCGACGCUACCCUUGCGUGUCGGGCCCGAGAGCAGGGGCCGCCGCGCCCGGCUGGGGCCAUGAGCCAACUUAUCGCUGAAGGACUUAGAGCUGCAUUAAUGUUCUCAGGAUUCUUUGUGAAUCGUUUUGCAUACCAAUCAUUGGUAUAAAGAGUCAGUGUUCAAUUUCCUUGUGUCUUGUAUUAACAUUUUUUUGGUUAUAGCUGCUGUAAAUGUCAGUUUUAUACUGUGACUCAGUCUGUCAUUUGUGUAAAUGGUGCUAUAUUUUAGUUGGCACAACCAUGUCUCCAUUUACGUACAACUUUGGUUAAUAAGUUAAUUUUGUGUGAUUGUAAAGUCGGCGUCUUCCACUAUCUUCAUUUUUGGCGUUUUUUCGAGCUGGCGAGGGAUCUCCGUUCCUGCGGGAGCCCGCGGGGCCUCUCGCCACGCUCCUGUAGGAACGCCCCGCCCCCCGCGGCAGGAGGCGGCGGAAGGCGCUCGCGAGGCGCCCUUCGUCUCAUGGCAGAUACGUAGAGGGAGGCGCCGCCGAAGGGAGCUCGGCCUUUGCCCCCUUUAGGUGUUCACGGGAGCUCCUCGCGAGGGCGCCCGCGGGGCAGGCGCGGCCGCCGGGGCGAAGCCAGGACUCUCGGGCGCCGCUGUUCCGACGAGAGGAGAGUUCGCUCGUCUACUCCUCGACCUCCCGCGGGAGUCCGGGACGAUCUCCGCACUGAAGGUGUCCCUCGGCUCCCCUCUCGCGGCGUCCGCGUUGGGGCGACGCCGCG